GCGUACGUGCGCGGCGGGUGUGGAGCCUUCGGUCAGUCGCCUUCCUCCAAAGCGAAGGUUGUUGUUAAGGUGAAGCGUUGGUGGCCGAGGGGAGCGAUUUCUGUGCUUUUACGGCUGGGUUAACAUCGAAAAAUGAUGCUCUUUACAUUCGGGGUUUUUUUUUUGUGCCUUUAUGAAGCCAGUGCUUCAGAUAUUGUGGCCACACCCCCGGAAGUGUAUAAUGCCACUUCUGCCAUUCUGAGCUGUAACUUGACCAGCACCCAAUGGGAGGUCAAGAGUCACUACUGGACCAAAAAUGAUAAGACUAUCGAGUCUACGAGGAAGGACUCUUCAGCAUUGCACAUGGAGUACAGGUUGGACAAAAUCGAUCCCUCUUCUGGAGGAGUGUAUGCCUGCGUCUUUACUUUUAUGGAUGGUCACACCGAACAUAAGAAUAUUGAAGUUAAAACUGUUCCCCAUGUGGGAGCGUCCAAGCAUUCUGAACAUGGCAAUGAGAAGGAUAAGGGUGUCUUGGUAUGUUUGAGCCACGGCUAUCCAUUGCCUAACACUUGGGUUUGGUUGAUCAAGCACGACAUGCAAGAGAAAAUAAUUACCAAUGACACUGAAAAAUACGAGAUAAAGAGCACGCCCAACAAGACAACCCUAAUUAUAUUAGAUCUGGACAUCCAACUCGACGCCGCCACAUACGUGUGUCGUGGGAUCAACGAGCUCGGCGUGGAGGAGGACAGUAUUCAGCUGCGUGUGCGCAGCCGGCUGGCCGCCCUCUGGCCCUUCCUAGGUAUCGUGGCGGAGGUCAUUGUCCUCAUCGCCGUGAUCUUCAUUUACGAGAAGCGCAGGAAGCCUGACGAGAUCAACGAUGAUGACGACUCAGGUGCUGCUCCUCUGAAGGGUGACACUACUGCCAAUCACACAGACAAGAACAUCCGGCAGAGGAACUCCAACUGAGUGGUGUACUCAGGAAUCCAGGAGACUACAGUCCAGAAGCAUCAUCACGCGGAAUUGCAUUAAUUAUAGAUCACCGUUGGUGUUAAAAUAUCACAGAUUUUUAGUGUAGAUGCACACGCCCAGGGUUGAUUGAGUGGUCUCAUAGAUGUGCUAGUGCUUUUUUGCCCUUGUAUUGAUGUUGCUCAUUUGACAGCCAAGCUACUGUACAUCUUGAAUUUACAGUGUCAUUGUGGGGGGGGGGGAAGCUACAGCAUGGUUACUACUUUGCAUUUUCAUUUUUGGUGUGUUAAUAUCAAUACCUUAAUGUGUUUUAUGUAAAUCUAGGGGUUUCGUCCUCCUGUUUUUUGUGUGUUGCCACAUUUUAAUUGCCAGACUAACGACUUGUGCUGAAGACCCACAUUUGAAAUGCAUUUUUCUAAAAACACAUGGGUCCACAUGCUUGCCUGUGUUCAAUCUUAGCACAGAAGCCUUGGGUGGCUCAGAUUUUAGUUUUUUUUCUUAAGACAAAAUUUAUUACAAUGCUUUAAUGACCUCUUUGCUGCACAUUUUAUGAUAAGUAAUUGUGUAAUAUGGGAUUCUGGGGUUGAAGAACAUAUCUGCCAUUGUGGACUUUCAGACUUCAUAAUUUCAGUGCAUAAUGUAACAUGGCCAAUUCCAUAUGAAAUUUAUUCGAGCAGUUUGUUGGGGUGGGGGUUGAUCAUGAUGACCAAGUGGGAUAUAAUGUUAUUUGAGGUAUAUUGGUAAGAAACCUUGAAGUCCGUUAUGCCAUCUAAUUUUUGAAGCGUUAAUUUGAGUUGUGACUGUCAAAUUUUAUUCUAAAGCAUGUUGACACCGAGGACAUUUUGUGGAACAUUAAAGAGACAAUUAAUA